AUGAUGGCAUCGCUUUCAAAGAAUACUACACUUCAGUAUAGCGUCUCGUAUAAGCUGUGGUGGCAAUUUUGUCAUAAAAAUAAUUUAGAUCCUUACGCAAGUUCUGUACCGUCAAUUUUGCUAUUUUUAUCAGAGCAGUUUAAUAAUGGGGCCGCUUACGGUUCGCUCAAUAACCAUAGAUCGGCUUUGUCAUUACUUCUAGGAGACUGUGUAGGUUCUAAAGAACAAAUAAAAAGAUUCCUAAAGGGCGCAUACAAGUUAAGACCAGCCCUUCCAAAAUAUACUGGUACUUGGGAUCCAAAAAUUGUCUUAAAUCAUAUUGGAGAUUGGGUUCCCAAUGAAACACUUUCAAUUGAAAAACUCACAAAAAAAUUAGCAGUAUUAAUGGCAUUAUGCACAGCACACCGAGCUCAAACAUUGUCUUUAAUAAAGAUAGACAAUAUUAAGAUAUGUUCUUCAGAUGUUAGAAUCAGCAUCACUGACAUAAUAAAAACGUCUGCAGCGGGUCGUCAGCAACCCCUUCUAAUUUUACCUUACUUUAUAGAAAAUAUAAAUAUUUGUCCAGCCACGGCAAUAAAAGAUUACUUAGAAAUUACAAAUAAAAUCAGACCCGCAGGUUGUCGGAACUUAUUGCUAACAUACAGGCGGCCACACAAGGCGGCCACUGCUCAAUCUAUCAGUAGGUGGAUUAAGAACGUGUUAGCGGAGAGCGGCGUGGACGUGACUGUGUUUAGUGCACACAGUACGCGCCAUGCUGUCACCUCAGCUGCUAGGUCCGCUGGGGUGUCCCUAGAUACGAUCAGAAAAACAGCCGGAUGGUCGUCGGCAUCAGAGACCUUUGCAAAGUUUUAUCAUCGCCAAAUUAUUGACGGAAAUAAGUUUGCAAGAACUGUCCUUUUAAAUAAUUAA